UAUAUCUCGCCCCAAACUCCCACUAGAUUGUAAUCUCCCAAGAACAGAAUUGUUAAUCCUUUGUACCAAAACAUCAUCCAGAAAUAUCAGCAUAAUCAACGGAGAAUCAAAUUCAUGCUGAAUUUCAGCAACUUAGAGAGUCAUCCUGGAGCGAGCUAUCAAUUAUCUUUACACUCGCCCCGAAGGCAAGAUGAAUAUACUUUGUGUCGUCAUGGCAGCGAUUAGUAUGUUCAUCUAUAAAGUUUAUGAGAUUAACUGCCCGUGUCUACCAAGAUAUAAUUUAACCUACGGACUCAUUGUCAUCUUCAUUCCCCCAUUUAUAUUUUUCUUCUUGGGAUUUAGCUUAAAUCAUUAUUGUCUUAUUUUGUCACUGGAGCUUUCGAAACCUCAAAACAAACGGAAGAAGAAAAAAGAGGUUUUACGAUUUAUGUUUAAGUCAAUGGUGAUAAGAUCUCUGGUGGCUCCCGUCUUAUGGAUUAUUGCCUGCUUCCUUGAUGGAAAGUCUGUAAUUUGUGCAUUCAGCGAAACUUUGGAUGCAGAACAGUUUGGUGGCUUUGGCAACUUCUCGUCCAUAAGCACAGAGCUACUGUUGGCCAAAGUGCCUUGUAAGAACUUUGAGCUGCUUCGUACAUCUUCCACCAGGAAGGCAAUUUACAGGUUUCUCAAGUCGAUUUCACAGGGUGUUGGCUUUUUAAUGGUCCUGAUUCUUAUUAUACUUGCUGUUGUUAGUCGUAUUCUGAGUUCCAUUUUCAACAUCAGCCGCUCGAUUCACACCCAAUACUGGAGCAUAUUUGCAAACAUGGAAGAUCAAUUUUUUGAAGAGACCUGUCUAGCACACAAUCGAUGGAUGGCUGAGAAAUGCAUUAAUGGUUACUUUGAAGAGUGUGAAAAUUAUGACGUCAAAUGUAGCCAUGAUGAUGAAGAAAAGAUCAUAUCCCCCUGGCAGAUGAUGGAUUAUGUAGAUCAUUGGUACUUGUGUCGACCACCAAUUGUUCACACAUAUGAUCCGUUGUCACAAUCUUGAUCUAUAUACAAGGAAACAGUUGACCACUUUAGCUGGGAAGCGUUUAACAACCUUUUAAAAAAGUGGAUAUCUGAGUUGGUUAGAAAAAAUGGUUACAUUUUGAGGCAUUAAUGGCUUAGAACUUAGUAUAGC